UAUGCUAGAUAUUAUGAAUGUUUAUACAUAUAUAUAAUUUAUAUAUUUAUAUAAAUAUUUAUAAAUACUACAUUAUAUUACAUUACCGUUCAUACAAUGAACCGUAUAUUUUGCUCACAAACGAUUCAGUCCUCCACCUCUCCCUCUCUCUCUCUCUCUCUCUCUCUCUCUCUCUCUGUCUCUCACAGAACCAGGAAGUAACUCCUCCUUUCAGAGAAAAUGAAACUGAUUUCUUACACCAUGUGUGAGUUCAGGAAAAUGGCCGAGGCCUGUAUUUCAGUAGAUCAGGAUCAGUUCAUCUGUCCAGUGUGUCUGGAUCUCCUGAAGGAUCCGGUGACUAUCCCCUGUGGUCACAGUUUCUGUAAGGUGUGUAUUAAUGGCUGCUGGGAUCAGGAGGAUCAGAAGGGCAUCUACAGCUGUCCUCAGUGCAGAGACACUUUCACUCCAAGGCCUGUUCUACGCAGAAACAACAUGCUGGUUGAAGUGGUGGAGAAACUGAAGAAGAAGACUGAAGUCCAAGCUGCUUCUCCUGCUCACUGUUACGCUGGACCUGGAGAUGUGGAGUGUGAUUUCUGCACUGGGAGAAAACACAAAGCCGUCAAGUCCUGUCUGAUGUGUCUGGUCUCCUUUUGUGAAACUCAUCUGAAACCUCACUAUGAAGUUCCUGCUUGGAAAAAGCACAAGUUAAUCGAAGCUUCUGGAAAUCUACAAGAGAAGAUCUGCUCUGAACAUGAUAAAGUGUUGAAGAUCUACUGUCGUACUGACCAAAGCUUCAUCUGUUAUCUGUGUAUGAUGGAUGAACACAAAAGCCACGACACUGUCUCAGUUAAAGCUUACAGAACUGAGAAAGAGAGUGAGUUAAAGGAGGAGCAGAUAAAAUUCCAGCAGAGAAUCCAGGAGAAGCAGAAGAAGGUGCAGGAGCUGAAACAGACUGUGAACACUAUAAAGCUCAGUGCACAGACAGCAGUAGAUGACAGUGAGAGGAUCUUUACUGAGAUGAUCAGCUCCAUGGAGAAAAAGCGCUCGGAGGUGACGGAGCUGAUCAGAGCUCAGGAGAAGGCUGAACUGAGUCGAGCUGAACGACUCCUGGAGCAACUGGAGCAGGAGAUUGCUGAUCUUCAGAGGAGAGUCACUGAGCUGGAGCAGCUUUCACACACACAUGAUCACAUCCACUUCCUCCAGGCUUUAGCUUCUGGAUGUCAGUCUCCUCCAUUUAAAAGUCCAGAUUUUGACACGUCCAGCAUCACUGUCCCUCAACAUCUGUCAUUUGAUGGAGUGAGGAAUUCUCUCUCAGAUCUGAAGAAGAGACUGGAGGAAUUCUGUGAGGAGGAAUUCAACAAAAUCCCUCCACAUGCUGCAGCAGUUCAGAUCAUUUCACCACCAGAGCCACAGAGCAGAGAAGAGUUUCUGAAAUAUUUCUGUGAUCUGACUCUGGAUCCCAACACGACACAUCCUCACCUCAUUCUGUCUGAGAAGAACAGAGUGGUGAGAGGCAGUAAGAGAGAGCUGCAGUACUCUGAUCAUCCAGAGAGAUUUGACUCCUAUAUUCAGGUGUUGUGUAAGGAGAGUGUGUGUAGACGCUGUUACUGGGAGGUGGAGUGGAGCGGUGGUGUUGUGUCCAUAUCAGUCUCAUAUAAAGACAUCAGCAGGAAAGGAUGGGGUAAUGAGUGUGGGUUUGGAUUCAACAAUCAGUCCUGGAGUCUGUAUUGUUGUUCUUCUUCUUCUCUCUCUUUCUUUCACAACAACAUUGAGACUGAUCUCAGAGUUCCAUCAUCCUCCAGAAUAGGAGUUUAUGUGGAUCACAGUGCAGGAACUCUGUCCUUCUACAGCGUCUCUGACACCAUGAAGCUCCUCCACAGAGUCCACACCGCAUUCACUCAUCCUCUAUAUGCUGGAUUCAGGCUCUACUGGUGUGUAGGUUCUCCAUCUGUGAGAUUGUGUGAUCCAGAAUAAUGUGUGUAGAGUUUUGUGUAAAAUUUCUGCACAUUACCACAUUGUUACUCCAUCAUCUGUUUUACUAGCACACAAUCCAGCUGCACAAAAUACAGUCAUUUUUAUUUUGUAAGAAAAACUCAUGAGGCAUUUUACACUGAUUAAAGAGUAAAUAUUAGAAAUUAGUUAAAAAAAAGGAAUUGUAAAUGAUCAAAUGAUAUCUUGUGACUUUAGCACUGUAAAGUUCUAUCUGUUUGUUUCAUAUGAAGCAUCCUCUCAUUAAAUCACUAAUAAACAGUAAUAAAGCCAGUACUGUACAACAUUUUAAACCUGUUAGGAUCACACUCUAGAAAAAUAAAAGAUCAACUUUUUAAUUCAUUUGAUUUUUCUGCUUGUGUUCUGGAUGUAAAAUACACAUUCACUUUGUAAAGUCUGAAGUUGUUUCUAAACCCUGAAAUUUCAUUGUAAAGCAUUUAACAAUAUUUAAACUACAUUAAAUCAUACAGUAGGUGAUUGGUUAAAGCUACCUGUGUUGUGUUCAUCCCAUAUUCAGUCUGGAUGAUGAUUGGCUGGCAGACAGAAACUUAUAAUACAGUCUAGACCAAAAGAACAUCUUAAAAAAUUCUUUGGAUGGAUAAAUAAGAUUAUAUUAAUCUUCAUUUCCAAUAAAGUAAAAGCUGUUGAUAGAAUGCAGGUAAAUUAACAAGGAGUUUAGUUUUAAGGUCAUAGUCACAU